AUGGAGUUCACCAGACGCUACCUGCCGAUGGAAUGGGAAGAGCGAUGGAGGAGAGAGAAAGAGAGGAGGAAAAGAGAGAUUGAAGAAGGGGGAGAAGAAGGAAUAGAACAGGAAAAUCGAGAACUGAGGAGGAUUGUGGCUUACAAUGAUGUCAGGAGUGGCCUGGCAAGUGGAAAGGGUGACAGAGAGGGGUCAGGGGUGAAGGUAAGUGGUUCAAGUCAAGAGGAAACAAGGAGUGCUAUCAACAAUGCAUCUGAAGAUGGAGGGCAGGGUGAUGUUGUUCGGAUUUAUCACAGUGAAACUUAUCCAAAGGAGGUGUUCACUACCCUGAAGGAAUUUCGGGAUUCAUCCUGUCUCACAGAUCUGACUUUGAUCACCAACAAGAAUGACCAGUUUGAGGUACACUCCCCUGUCCUUUCUGCUGUCAGCACCUACAUUCAGGAGAGACUCAGGAGUGAUGGUGAACAACCGGUUGAGGAGAGAGGAGUCCAAAAGAGAACGAUUACCUUAGGUCCUGAGGUCGAUCAUAUCGGGCUACAAGCGGUUCUGGAGUUUGCCUACACUGGUGCCACAUUGGGUUUAAACCAAGACACCGUAGCUCAGAUUGAGACUACAGCUCAAGCACUGGGGGUUCCUAGGGUGGUGGAUCUCUGCAACAAAGAGAAGCAGACAAAGGAGGGUGGAACUCCAAGAAAGGAGGAGCAUAAGAUCUCUGCUCUAGAAGAAAUGAAGAUCACCCUCAAGUCCAUCAAUCAGCUGCUGAUUGACAAUGUGGGAUGUGAUGUAAUUCUGGAUGUGGACAGUACUUUAUUCCACGGUUAGUAGACAUAAGGUCACUCUUAUAAAAUUGAUAUUUUUUUUAUCUUGGCAAUGAUUGUCUGAUGGAGGUCUGUCUUCAGUCCACAGAGUUAUCCUUGCAGCUAGCAGUGACUACUUCCGUGGUAUGUUCACGUGUGGGAUGAGGGAAUCAUGUCAGGCCUGUGUUUCCCUUCCCUUCCUAUUAGCCCCGGAGUUAGAAGCUCUCAUCAGCUGCUCUUACAGUGGGGUCCUUCCACUUACCUGGGACUGUGUCUUCGAGAUUACCUGCACAGCCCUUCAACUUCAAUUCCAGCCAGCCCUCUCGCUUUGCCUCAACUUCCUGCGACAGGAAAUAGAUGCAAGCUCCUGUUUGGAUGUUGCAUCUUUUGCUGAAGCUUAUGGGAUGUCAGAACUUCUUGAGGAAGCCAAUGAUUUUGUGCUGACGAACUUCUGGGAGGUGUCAACCUCAGCAAAGUUUCUGGACCUUCCUGCAGAGAAGCUUUUAGACAUCCUCCGCUGUGAUGGUCUGUGUGUGCCCUCGGAGUUGGCUGUUUUUCGAGCCGUGUCCUCUUGGGUAAAUGCCGAUCCAGAAGAAAGAGUGGGCCAGGCAGGCUUAUUGAUGACUGGAGUCAGGUUCCCCCUCAUGACUUUUCGUGAAUUCAGGGAAGUCAGAGCCAUCAACCUACGAAUGGAAUGCUUCGGAACCCAGGAGGUAGAACUUUAUGGUUCCGCACUCAAAGAAUUUGGAUUCAGCCGCCCAAACACCCAGGACCAGCAACGGGUGCGGCACCCCAAAGAUGCUUUGGUUCUUGUGGGGGGAGACCAGUUGCAUCCAGAUAUGGGACAGCGCAUACCAAGCAGGGAAUUGUGGUUUGCAAACUCCCUCCGCAGUGGCACAGGGUUGGUGAAGGAAAUAGAAUGGAGAAGGUUGGGUGAGAUGCCGGAGAUGCCAAAGUUCAGGCAUGGAGUGGCUGCAAUGUUGGGACGGUUGUACGUGGUUGGAGGAUGUUACUUCUACACCAAGGAUGAUAUGAUGAAGUCUGCCUACAGGUAACUACAGACCCAUGGUGCCUGAAUGUAUUGACAGACUGAUGUCACAGCUGGAAGGCUGAAUUUUCAGAUUUUAUUCAUUUCAACAGAAUUAAACGACUCUCUGUUAUAGGAGUGAGCAUCUUUUCAAAAAAUUUGACCAUUAACAGAGUUUAAUUCUUUACUCAUCUUGUCCACCUCUACCUGUCUUUACUUCCAACUGUAGCUACAAUCCUGAGGAGAACAGCUGGAAGAGGCUUGCUGACAUGCAGGAGGUCAGAAGUAACUUCUCAUUAGUGGUUCAUGAGGAUCACCUUUAUGCCAUUGGUGGGGAUAGGGAGCUAAACACCAAUGUAGACAGUGUUGAGAUGUACGACCCAGACACUGACGCCUGGAGGUAAGAUUUGGCUACAUCAGUGAGCAAGAUCGAUAGAUGCAGUUUUUCACCCUAUCACACAACUGCAAUACCACCGUUUGGCCAGCAGAUGUUACCAUUUGAUUACAGCAAUUAGAGUAUCACUGUGUAGUUGGUUAACAAGAAUUCAGUGCCAUUGAGGCCUCAUUUUUCCCAUUUUACUUACUACAUUUUCAGUUUUGUUGACAUGAUCAGACAGCUACUGUUCUUCAUAUUAAUACUGAAGACAUAGUGGGCGGUGGUCCACAGGGGUGUAUUAUACUGAAAUGUGUUCCUCAUAUUUUGUCCUCUUCUCUAACAAAAAUGAGGAAAGGUGCAAAAUAUUAGGAACAACCGUUGAUAUAACAGUUCACCACCAACAUCCACUUCAUUUCUACUAAUUUGCCACAUUGUCCUUCUACUUAUGCAAUUUUGUUUCUAAACAUUAUUACAAAAUAUUGAUAAAGCUACUUACAGAUUAUCUAUCUUACAGUUCUUCACAUUUCUACCUGCUGCCUCUUGUUUCAUUUGCCGCAGCUUCGUCCAGCCUCUGGACCAGGCUCUGAGCGGCCAUGCUGUCACCGUCUUGGACGGCAGCAUCUUCAUUUCUGGUGGUUUCAACUGUGAGUACGUGUGUCUGGUCUCCAUGUUCCUGUACCAUCCAAAGAGAGGCACCACCUACUUGGCAGACAUGACCCAAGACCGGGCCCAGCACUGCAUGGAGCCCUUAAGAGGCCAUCUUUAUGUUGCCGGUGGUGUUUGCAACCUGAGGAAGUUUUACACCGACCAACUAGCGUGUGAAGUUUAUAAUCCUGUGUCCGAUUCCUGGACUGCUUUCAUGCCCCUUCCUGUUCCUCAUGUGGGUGCAGCAUCUGUUAUGUUGGAGGGGAAGAUCUACAUACUCGGGGGGUACUGCCAAGAUGAUUACAGUGAGUCUGGACUGGUGCACCGCUUCAAUCUGAGCACACAGAGAUGGGAGAACAUGGGGAGACUGCCGGGGGCUGUUACUGACAUACGGGCCUGUUUGAUCCGAUUGCCCAAACACUUAAGACUUUAG